UGUCAAGAAAGAGGGCACAAAAUGACAAUCGGUCCUUGUGUUUUGUGAGCCAUCGAAUCCAUCUCUUUCCUCUCUCGAAAUCUCCAUUUCCGAGAUGGACCAAUCCGAUCACCAGCCGCACCUCCACCCCAUAGUUUCGGACCGCGUAACCGUCAAAGGAGUCGUCACGCCGCUCGCUCUUCUCCCCGACGGUAGGCUGUGGUGGUCGGAGGGGCUCCAACGAAGCCUUCACCUCGAGAAGGAUGUCCUCUCAUUCGUCGCCAAUGGCCCUAACAUCACGCUCAGAACCAUCCAGGAGGUCCGUGCCGGCUGCUGCAGCACAACUUCCGCUGGCAGCUUCGUCAGACGCGACGUCGUUUUCCAGCCAUCCUCCAACGAAUCGCACGUCCUCUGGUGCCAGAAGCUUCGGGAAUACAUUGAAUCUCUCGGUCGACCGAAGAGGCUAUUUGUUUUGGUUAACCCUUUUGGCGGGAAGAAAUCUGCUAAGAAGGUAUUUUGGAAGAAGGUGUCACCUCUUCUUUCAGACGCUCAGAUCGAACUUACUGUCCAAGAGACUCAACAUCAGCUCCAUGCAAAGGAACUUGCUCGUUCGCUCGAUCUUUCCCAGUACGAUGGGAUUGUCUGUGUUAGUGGAGAUGGAAUUCUCGUUGAGGUUGUAAAUGGACUGCUGGAAAGAGAGGACUGGCAAACUGCAAUAAAGAUACCCAUUGGAGUAGUUCCUGCAGGGACUGGAAAUGGCAUGGCAAAAUCUCUUCUCGAUUCUGUUGGUUAUCCUUGUAAAGUAGCUAAUGCGGUUCUUGCCAUCAUACGAGGCCAUAAACGAUCACUUGAUGUGGCUACCAUCAGACAAGGGGAAACCAGAUUUUUCAGUGUGCUGAUGCUUGCAUGGGGUCUGAUUGCAGAUAUUGAUAUUGAGUCUGAAAAGUAUAGGUGGAUGGGAAGUGCUCGCCUAGAUUUUUAUGCUAUCUGUCGAUUUCUCAAUUUGAGGCACUACACCGGACGUGUUUCUUUUGUGCCUGCACCUGGAUUUGAAGAGCACGGAGAGCCAAGUAGUUACCCUGGCCAAUCCACCAGUGAAGGCAGCAACAGAGAUCUAAGUGAAGCAGAAAACACACAAUUACAAAAGCUUGGUUAUCAGGGAUCCGAUAUAAACUUGGAACAUCUAAAUUGGAGAGCUAUAAAUGGGCCCUUUGUUUCUGUCUGGCUUCACAAUGUACCAUGGGGAGCUGAAGAUACAAUGGCAGCACCCGAGGCAAAGUUCUCUGAUGGUUAUCUAGACUUGAUCAUAGUCAAGGAUUGCCCAAGGUUACCUUUGUUGGCAAUGAUGACAGAAUUGAAUAAGGGAGGCCAUGUAAAAUCUCCAUAUGUCACAUACUUAAAGGUGAAGGCUUUUGUGUUGGAGCCUGGUCCACGAACCAAGAAGCCAGAGAAGGAGGGUAUAAUAGAUUCAGAUGGUGAGGUUUUGGCUAGGGGUAAAGGGACUUACAAGUGUGAUCAAAAAGGUUUGAUGGCUUAUGAUAAACUUGAGAUAACAGUGGAUCAAGGUUUGGCUACACUUUUCACGCCUAUUUGAUGUACACUUUGAUUUAAGUAUUCAUUGGUCCAUUACAUACGAUUCCAGGCAUAUAUGGCUUCAAGUUGUAUAUGCCUAGUUGUACAGAUUGGGUUCUGUGUCCUGUACAGCUCCAUAUAUAUUGGAAUGGAUACAAUUUUGCCAA